CAUUGGGCUAGAAAAUGAAAACUAAAUUCUCUAAUGUCAUUCAAUUCCUACACAUUGUAUGUUUCUUCUUAGCCCAUAGGACUGAGUUGUGUGUGAAAGCAGAAAGAGGACUGUUGUGAGAAUUUUGGUUCCUACUUUGUCACUUGCCUGUUGUAUGAAAAGGUGUCAGGAGGCUUCUGAGCACGGGGUGUAUUCAGAUCUGCUCCAGCGGCAGGAGGCGACGAUGCUGGAGAAUCGCAAACUCACGGGGAAGAUAACAGAGCUGGAGAGGAUGCUGGCUGAGCUUGAGAAGCAGAAGUCCCGGGUUGAGGAGGAGCUUCCAAAGGUCAGGGAGGCAGCGGAGAAUGAGCUGAGGAAGCAGCAGAGGGAUGCAGCGGACAUCAGCCUGCAGAAGAUGCGGGCAGAGGGCGAGGCCCAGAGGUACCGCCGGGAGCUGGAGGCCGUCGAGGGGGAGAAGGAGGCGGCGCAGCGCGAGCUGGAGCACGUGCGGAGGCUCACGGCCGAGGCCGAGGCCCAGAGGGAGGCCUUGGAGAGGAACCUGCGUGGCUUCCGGAAACAGCUGGAGGAGCACACCACCACCAGGAGGGCCCUGGAGAACCAUCUGAAGAGGAAAGACUCCAGCCUCCACGAGGUGGAGCAGCAGAAAGAUAAGCUGAUGGAGGAACUAAGGAGAAAGAAGGACCACGAAGAGGAGCUCCUGAAGCUGGUCGAGCAGAUGGAGAAAGACCUCAUGUUCCAGAAACAGGUGGUGGAGAAACAGCUGAAGGAAAAGCAGAAAAUUGAAUCGGAAGCCAGAAGAAAACUAACCGAGAUGCAGUGUUCGUACAAAGAAAACACACUGCCAGCUUGUACGAGCACCCAGGCUGAGGAACUGAAGCAGCAGGUGGGUGAGCUGACAGUGGCCAAUAGAAAGGCAGAGAAGGACAUGAGGGAGCUGAAGUCUGAACUCAGUGCCCUGCAGCUCAAGAAAACUUCAUCGGAGGAGAAGGCUCACUUGCUCAAAGAAAAACUGGGUGAAACCAGCAAUGCAUUGAGAUGCCUCAAGCUGGAGUUGCAAAGGAAGGACGAGGCGGAGGAGGGGUUCUCUCAGCAGCUCCGGGAGCUGGGCAGGCAGCUGAGCCAGACCACAGGGAAGGCAGAAGAGGUCAGGCAGGAGGCCAGUGACCUUAAGAGGAUAAAGCACAACUAUGAGCUAGAACUGGAAUCUCUGCAUCAGGAGAAAGGGAAGCUGCAGAGGGAGGUGGACAGGAUCACCAGGACACAGGCCGUCACCAAGAGGAGCAUCCAGCAUUUAAAUUCACAAGUUACUUCUUUGCAGGAUGACAAGGACUUCUCUGGCGAAAGAGCACGAUCCUGCCAGAGAAAGUCAGAUCACCUGAAAGAACAAUUUGAGAAAAGCCACGCACAGUUGCUUCAAAAUAUUCAAGCCGAAAAGGAGAAUAACGAGAAAAUCCAAAAGCUUAAAGAGGAAUUGGAGAGAAGUAAUGACUGUGCAGACACACUAAAGCACAAAGUGGAUGAGCUCACCGGGCAGAAUAACGAAACCAAGUUAAUGAUGGAGAGAAUUCAGGCAGAAUCUGCAAAUGUGGUCUUAGAGAAACAAGCCAUCCAGCAAAGAUGUGAAGCACUGAAAAUCCAGGCGGAUGGUUUUAAAGACCAGCUUUGUGCCACAAACAAACACUUGCACAAACAGACGAAAACGGAACAGGAUUUCCAGAGGAGGAUCAAAUGCCUGGAAGAAGACCUGGCCCAAAGUCAACAUUUAGUAAGUGAAUUUAAGCAGAAGUGCGACCAGCAGGACCUCAUCAUCCAGAACACGGAGAAGGAGGUGCAGAGUCUGAGUGCUGAGCUAAGUGCAUCCAAAGAGGAGAAACGCCUUGGGGAGCAGACAGUGCAGAUGCAGUGGGCACAGGUGCAGGACCUGAAUGACAGAUUGAAAAAGGUGCAAGACGAACUGCACUUAAAGAUCCUAGAGGAGCAGGUGACCCACAGGAAGAUGGUUCUGUUUCAGGAGGAAUCUGAGAAAUUCAAACGUUCUGCAGAGGAGUUUCGGAAAAAGAUGGAAAAAUUGAUGGACUCCAAAGUUAUCACAGAACAUGAUAUUUCGGGCAUCCAGCUCGACUUUGCGUCUCUCCAGCGGGAAAACUUCAGGGCGCAAGAGAACGCGAGGCUCUGUGAAACAAAUAUCCGAGAACUUGAGAGGCAGCUCCAGCAAUAUCAUGAGCAGAUGCACCGAGGGCAGGAUGGGGAGGCACAUCACUACCAGAAAUGUUGGAAGCUCACAGAUGAGCUGGUCGCCCAGAAACGGGAGGUGGAAAACCUGAAGCAGAAGAUGGAUCAGCAGAUAAAAGAACAGGAGCAUCAGUUAGUGGUGCUCCAGUGUGAAAUCCAGAAAAAGAACCCAGCCUUCAAGCCACAUCUUGAGAUGGCAGUGAAGGAGUAUCAGCGCCCAGGGGACUUCUCCUCCUCUCCCCCCACGGCCAGGUCCCCUCUACAGAGGUGGACUCAGGAACCACAGCCUUCGGAGGAAAGAUGGCAACAUCGGGGUGCUGAACAGAUGCAGAAGGAGGGCCAGGGUGGGCCGUCAGGGGCUCCGGUUGAGAAAGAGAAAAGUCAGCAGUGUUACUCUGAAUACUUUUCUCAAACAAGCACUGAGUUACAGAUAACUUUUGAUGAGAUGAACCCUGUUGCAAGACCGUCAGAAAUCGAGAAGCUAAGAAAUCAAGGUCUGUACAAUUCCAGACCCGCUGUCAGGUGUCAAGAUGACAAGUGUGAAAUAGACCUGGUGACGCUUCUGGCGCCCUUAGAGAUAGCUAAGAACAAGCAGUAUGCUAUGCACACAGAAGUCACGGCAUUAAAGCAAGAAAAGAGCCCAGUCCCCAGUGCUGAUGAAUGGCUGCUUGAAGGGUGCAGGGCACUGGGUGGACUCAAAAGAGAUUUUCUUAAGAAGGGCUCAGAACCAGAGACCUUUCAGAACUUUGGUGGUGAUCAUGCAUGCUCGGUCAGGGAUGAUGAUUUUCAAUUCCAAGGGCUCCGGCACACUGUGACGGCCAGGCAGUUGGUCGAAGUUAAGCUUCUGGACAUGAAAACAGUUGAGCAGCUGCGACUUGGCCUUAAGACCGUUGAAGAAGUCCAGAAAACUCUGAGCAAGUUUUUGACGAAAGCCACCUCCAUCGCAGGGCUUUACCUAGAAUCCACAACAGAAAAGAUUUCAUUUUCCUCAGCUGCCAAGAAAAUCAUCAUCGAUAAGAUGAUGGCUUUAGCAUUUUUAGAAGCUCAGGCGGCCACGGGUUUCAUAAUUGACCCCCUUUCAGGGCAGACCUAUUCUGUUGAGGAUGCAGUCCUUAAAGGUGCGGUUGACCCCGAAUACAAAAUCAGGCUCCUUGAGGCAGAGAAGGCGGCCCUGGGGUAUCCAUGUUCUUCUAAGACACUGUCAGUGUUUCAAGCCAUGGAAAAUAGAAUGCUUGACAGGCAAAGGGGCAAACAUAUGUUGGAGGUGCAGAUUGCCAGUGGGGGUGUCAUCGACCCCGUGAGGGGCAUUCGGGUUCCUCCAGAAGUUGCCCUGCAGCAGGGGCUGCUAAACAAUGCCAUCCUGCAGUUUCUACAUGAGCCAUCCAGCAACACCAGAGCCUUUCCCAAUCCCAAUAACAAGCGAACGCUGUAUUACUCAGAAUUACUGCGCAUGUGUGUCUUUGACGUCGACGGGCAGUGCUUUCUGUUACCAUUUGGGGAGAGGAACAUUUCCAAUCUCAAUGUAGCGAAAACUCACAGGAUUGCUGUCGUCAGUACUAAGACAGGAGCAGAACUGACUGCCUACGAGGCUUUCCAGAGAAACCUGAUUGAGAAAAGUACCUACCUUGAGCUAUCGGGGCAGCAGUAUCAGUGGAAGGAAGCCACGUUUUUUGAGUCCUAUGGGCAUCCCUGUCAUAUGCUGACCGAUACUAAGACAGGAUUACAGUUCAGUAUCAGUGAGGCCAUAGAGCAGGGAACCAUUGACAAAGCCUCCAUCAAAAAGUAUCAGGAAGGCUUCCUCACACUCACAGAACUCGCUGAUUCCUUGCUGAGCAGGUUAGUCCCCAAGAAGGACUUGCACAGUCCAGUGGCGGGGUACUGGCUGACUUUCAGUGGGGAGAGGAUCUCUGUGCUGAAGGCCACACGUCGGAAUCUGGUUGAUCGGAUCACUGCCCUCCGAUGCCUUGAAGCCCAAGUCAGUACCGGGGGCAUCAUUGACCCUCUGACCGGCAAGAGGUACCGGGUGGCCGAGGCCUUGCACAGAGGCCUGGUGGACGAGGGGUUUGCGCAGCAGCUGCGGCAGUGUGAGUUAGUCGUCACGGGGAUCAGUCACCCUAUCAGUAACAAAGUGAUGUCAGUGGUGGAAGCUGUGAGUGCAAAUAUCAUAAGUAAGGACAUGGGAAUCCGCUGUCUGGAAUUUCAGUACUUGACAGGGGGGCUGAUUGAGCCCCAGGCCCAGUCCCGCUUGUCGAUUGAAGAAGCCCUCCAAGUAGGGAUUAUAGAUGUCUUCAUUGCUACAAAGCUCAAAGAUCAAAAGUCCUAUGUCAGAAACAUCCUCUGUCCUCAAACGAAAAGAAAGUUGACAUAUAAAGAAGCCUUAGAAAAAGCUGAUUUUGAUUUCCACACAGGACUUAAGCUCCUAGAAGCAUCUGAGCCCUUGAUGACAGGGAUUUCCAGCCUCUACUAUUCUUCACAAUAGGAUCUGUUUAUAGAACCAGAGUCAGGGGUGAUGCUGUCUAGUUCGUCUGCUUUGUCCACGGCUUGAUGGUAUGAGAUCCACGGCCUAGUAAUUGUGUGACAUGCCUGAAGCACUGUUAAUUUCUUGAGGGCUGGAAACACCUGACUGCUCAGAAGAGAGAAUACUUUUAAUUUUUAAAAUUUUUAAAUUUUUUUAGGUAAAGUUUUAUUGGAAUGCAGACACAUUGUUGUGUACAUAUUGUCUUUGGCUAUUUUUGGGUACAAGGACAGAGAUGAGUAGUUCUAACAGUAACCAUAUGGCUCACAAAGCCUAAAAUAUUUGCUCUCUGGUCCUUUCCAGAAUAAAGUUUGCUGUCUCCUGAUCGGGAAGAAUUUGCAUCACUCCUUUAGACUAAACGUCAGGAGGCUUGGAUUUUAGACUCCAUUCUGCCCGA